GGGCCGUGUCAUGGCUAGCGAUUUUGCAUAAUGAAAGACUAAACCCCCGUGACGUCAUCAGCAAUGGCCACUACUAGUGCAACUUUACAUGAGUAAACUGCAAGCUAGAUAGCAACUUGUUUCAUGAAAAAUGGGGUGCCUUUGCUGACAGCUGUAUUUGCUUGUCUCCCUUUCAUCUCUUUUGAUUGAGCAUGGCACAUGGAACUCCAUCUUCUUCUGAAGAAUUUGAGUUUUGGCUGAAUAAAGCUAUCACAUGGGGUGAGAAGACAACUUUAGAAUCCCAGCAAGAUGUCUGCCAUCACUUGCCUAAAUUACAGGAGUUCUUGUUACAGAUUUAUGAGAUUAUGAACCACAUGAGUCCAAGUGUUGCAAUUCAUAGAUUUCCUGUCAUUGGUCAGCUUCUGGGACGGCUUUGCUGGAAUUCAUUUGUCAUAGGACAUGAGGAUACAAGGAAAGCAUUGCUGAACUGCCUAAGUUGCUUACAUAGCAAUGAGCCACACAGUGCUGUGGAAUUGAAAGCCAACAAAUGGAUUCAGAAUUUACUGUGCCAUCUCUUUUCCUCAUCAGACCUGGGAUUUCAUGAAGACUAUAAAGCUAUUGAUCAGCUUGGGUGUAUGACGUCUGACUACUAUGAAAAGCUUUUGAAAAAUAUCAUCUCAUCGUUGAUUGUGCUGCUUAGAAAAGACAAGACCAACCCUAACAGCGAUAAGAAGGAACUCUUGGCAGGUCAUGUGCGAUCUAUAUCAAUUGCAUGUGUUCAUGUUCUCACACUGCCUGAAAUAACUCCAUUGCUUGAAGAGCUUCUCGUCUAUCAUGACUCUGAGCCAACAGAGGCUCUUGAUGAUAUUUUUUUAGAAAGUGUAAACAAUGCUAUUUUGUGGAAGAAGAUUGUGCUAAGUGAAUCAGCAGUACUUAGCUUGUGGCUUCGUCAUCUGCCGAGCCUUGAAAAAACUGUGCUGGAUCUAUUUCAAAAAUUAAUUGGUAUCCAAAGCAAAUCAUUGAAAGAAAUGGAACAGAUUAUAAAAGAUUCAUUCUUGGUGCAAGCUGCUUGUCACCCAUCCAUUUUUAAGAUCAUUGAUGGCGUUUUCAGGAAUGCACUUCUGGAAUGUGAUGGAAACUUUAGAGUAAUUACUGUUAUUCGCGUAUUUACACAUCACUUCAUCAAGGAAUACCAGAAGGAUAACAUGCAGGCAAGAUUUCCCCUGAGAGCUUUCUUUCCAUGCAGCAAUCUUGCUCUUUUGAUGGCCUUGCUCAGAGUUUCAUUGGGAUUGCCAUUUGAUGUCUGCCUUCAGCAUUUGCAAUACAUUACUAAAAUGCUAAAAAAUGAAGACGGUGACAAAAGAUCUCACGGAAAUGUCUUUGAGUCCUGGUUUUUACUAAUUCAUUUUGGAGACUGGGUGGAUAUCGCAGCAGAACAGUUAUUGACGUCAGAAUCUGAAACUUCAGACGACCUGCUGUGGCUUUUGGCAUUUUACUACAACCCCAGCAAUGAGAACCAAGAAAGAUGCAGAACAAUGACUGAAGCAAGGGAAGUUCAUGACACCUUGAUAAGACUACGCAGAAGUGUGUCCAUCAGUGCCUCUGACCUAAAGAACAUAAUCGAAGAUGGAAUUAAAGAAAAUAAUUGGGAUCCUUGCACACUGCAUCUUGUAAGGCAUCUCUUUGUCACUUUCUUGAUCUUUUCCAGCGAGUGGCAUCUUAUCACAAAGGACGUUAUUAUCUAUAUGACUCAGACAGAGGAAGCUGCCAACCAAGUUUCUGACGUACUGGGCCGUACUCUAUGCAGACUUGAUAUUCCAGGAAUGAAAAAUGAACCGUUAAUCAAGAUAGCAUACGAGUUGCUUAGCAGCUUAUAAUUUCAAUUGGAAGACAUGGGGAGCCUAUUUUACAACAAAAUUCUCAGUAAUAACAAGAAAUACUGUUGGGAUUAUGUGGUGAUGAACGGUGAAGAACUUUAGUCCCUUUUUUUUUCUUUUGAUACAAAUAACUCAUGGAAGUUUAUCUCCCAGGAAAUUAUCUUUGACAUUGACAUAACAUUAAUGAAUGGUUUGGAAAGUCUAGUAUUUACUAUGUGUAUGGUUCAUUAUUAAAGGGAUAUGAAACAGA